AUGACCGUUACUCUUACACCUGAUAAGAAAGCAAAACUUAUCCGGUUGUGUCAGAAGUUUUUGCGCCCAAACACAUUGUUUACUAUUCGCCAGGUGGCUUCUUUGAUUGGUUCUCUAGUGUCAUCUUUUCCUGGAGUUGAGUUUGGCCCUCUUCAUUAUCGUCAUAUUGAGGCAGACAAAGAUUAUUAUUUACGAAUGCAUCAAGGUAAUUUUGAUGCAGAAAUGUCUUUGUCUGCUGACAGUUUAGAGGAGAUUCAUUGGUGG